UCCGCGGCCAGAUGCGCGCCGCCGCCGCCGCCCCCUGGCCGGCGUCGGGCUGGACCUCCUGCUCCAGCAGGUGCAGGCGCGCCGUGGUUUCGGUGAGCAUGUCCAUGAGCAGCUCCUGCUGCAGCCUCAGAUCAUGGAAGGAAAGAAACUUCUGUGCUUGCUGCUUGUCCUGGGAACAGCUGUCACUCAGGCCCAUGAUGGCCAUGAUGAUGACAUGAUCGACAUCGAGGAUGACCUGGAUGAUGUCAUCGAGGAGGUGGAGGAUGGCCCGUCGAAAGCAGACACUACUGGGGCCAGCGCUUCCCCCAAGGUCACCUACAAAGCCCCAAUCCCAACGGGGGAUGUGUUCUUCGCGGAUUCUUUUGACCGAGGGACUCUGGCGGGGUGGGUCUUGUCCAAAGCAAAGAAAGACGACACUGAUGAUGAGAUUUCCAAAUAUGAUGGGAAGUGGGAGGUGGAGGAGAUGAAGGAGUCAAGGCUGCCAGGCGAUAAGGGGUUGGUGCUGCUGUCGCGGGCCAAGCACCAUGCCAUCUCUGCCAAGCUGAGUAAGCCCUUCCUGUUUGACACCAAGCCACUGAUUGUGCAGUAUGAGGUGAAUUUCCAGAACGGUAUCGAAUGUGGUGGAGCCUAUGUCAAGCUGCUCUCCAAGACCCCCGAGCUCAGCCUGGAUCAUUUCCACGACAAGACACCCUACACGAUCAUGUUCGGGCCGGAUAAAUGUGGCGAGGACUACAAGCUCCACUUCAUUUUCCGCCACAAGAACCCCAAAACGGGGGUGUAUGAAGAGAAGCACGCCAAGAGGCCUGACGCGGAUCUGAAGACAUACUUCACCGACAAGAAGACCCACCUGUACACACUGAUCCUGAACCCAGACAACAGCUUUGAGAUUCUAGUGGACCAGACCGUGGUCAACAGCGGGAACCUCCUCAAUGACAUGACCCCGCCCGUCAACCCAUCCCGGGAAAUUGAGGACCCAGACGACCGGAAGCCAGAGGACUGGGAUGAACGACCCAAAAUCCCUGAUCCUGAUGCUGUCAAACCGGACGACUGGGACGAAGAGGCCCCUGCCAAGAUUCCCGAUGAGGAGGCCACGAAGCCCGAGGGUUGGUUGGAUGAUGAACCCGAGUAUGUAGCCGACCCGGAUGCAGAGAAGCCGGAAGACUGGGAUGAAGAUAUGGAUGGUGAGUGGGAGGCCCCGCAGAUCGCCAACCCCAAGUGCGAGGCGGCCCCUGGCUGUGGCGUCUGGCAGCGGCCCAUGAUCGACAACCCCAGCUACAAGGGCAAGUGGAAGCCGCCCAUGAUCGACAACCCCAGCUACCAGGGCAUCUGGAAGCCCCGUAAAAUCCCCAACCCCGAUUUCUUCGAGGACCUGGAGCCUUUCAAAAUGACCCCCUUCAGUGCCAUUGGCCUGGAGCUGUGGUCCAUGAGCUCCGACAUCUUCUUCGACAACUUCAUCAUCUCUGCCGACCGCCGCGUGGUGGAUGACUGGGCCAACGAUGGCUGGGGCCUGAAGCGGGCUGCUGACGGCGCUGCUGAGCCCGGAGUUGUGGGGCAGAUGAUCGAGGCCGCCGAGGAGCGGCCGUGGCUCUGGGUGGUUUACAUCCUGACCGUGGCGCUGCCCGUCUUCCUGCUCGUCCUCUUCUGCUGCUCCGGAAAGAAACAGCCGGGGCCUGCCGAGUACAAGAAGACCGACACUCCCCAGCCAGAUGUGAAGGAGGAGGAGGAAAAGGAGGAAGAGAAGGACAAGGGGGGCGAGGAGGAGGACGGGGAAGAGAACCUUGAAGAGAAGCAGGACAGUGAAGCUGAGGAAGACGGUGGCUCUGCCAGUCAAGAAGAGGCAGACCGGAAGCCUAAAGCAGAGGAAGAUGAAGUCUUGAACAGGUCGCCCCGGAACAGAAAGCCCCGACGAGAGUGAGCUGGCCUACAGGACUCGCUGGGAGAUCCUCGCCCACCCCUUUCUCCCCCCUCUUGCAAGCGUGACCCGCAGAGGGGAUCCGGCCCGUGAUCGAUCGGUUGACAACCCCCCCUCCCGUCGCCAUCGCACCACUGCCCCCCACCCUCUGGGCUCCAGCCGACAGCGCCCUGCGCCCCAGCCUCCCACAGCCACACCUCGCUGUGGGGGCUGCCCCGUGGCCUUAGGGAGCGUGGGGCGUGGUGGCUUGCGGGCGCCACGCGGAGCCACCUUCCCCACACCCGUUGGCUCUCCAC